CUACUUUCAAUAUUUACAAAAUGGCGAUUUGAAAACGUUAAAAUUUCACAACAAACGCAUAUACAACACUUAAUUUAUAAAGAAAUAAAAGCCUUAUUACGUUUUUUUCGGCAUGGAUCGCUUGCCUGCCCUUGGUUCUUUACGAUCCAUAGCAAAUGCAUACGACGAGGACGAUAUUUCAGACGAAGAAGAGUUUGCAAAAUCCGCUAAAAAACGAAAACUUUCAACGGAAGAGGGCCUAGAGGGGGAGAAAAGCGAGCCAAAAGGAGAAGAUUCUGACUAUGACAUCGUUGUGAGCGAUGAAGAAGGGAAUUCCUCUGGUGCUGGCUCCGCUAAGAAUGCUGUUGUGAUUAAUCAGCCGAGGGUUACUCCAGGUAUUAACUAUGUUAGUAAGUUAGUUUAAUAUAGAAUCAUAGAAAUGCAGCUGCAAGUCUAUCUACAUAUUAAUAUGCAAUAAUUAAAUGAACAUUUUUAACCCAUUGAGUGACAGCACUCUCCUCUUGACGAGCCAGACUGCAGAGUAUUUUUUAGGCAGAAAAUUCCAGAGCACCUGGGGUGUAGCACUUUAUUACUUUAUAACAAUUUUUGCAAUUUAAUCUGCCCUCAAAUCUCUCAUUUUCAUUGUUUUUAACAUGUAUCUCGCUACUUUUGUGCCCUUGACGGCAUCUUGAUGUGCACUUACGAACUGUUUUGCGCACCUCAGGGCGCGAAAUAACGGCCGGUCAACGGACAAUGUCCGGCCAGAAUGCGGAGUUGUCGGGUCAAAUUCUUACCUUGCCGGUCAUUUUGACCGGUCACUUUCGGUAAAAGAACAAACUAAUCUUCAUUUUAUAAUAAUGAUCAAAAUAAAGUGGUCAAGUACAGUAUUAUAAUUAAGAACCAUAACAUGCAUGUUGUCGAAUAUUUUGCAGGAAAACAACUUCAAUGUACACCAGUUUUCGCACACAGUACGUCACAAAGCCCAUCAUGGGCCAUGACCAUGCCUUUGGCUUAAGAGCUAAGACCAUGCUUUUAGCCCAGUACAAGCCGUUUUAUGUGAAGGAAUUUUUAAUUACUGAUUACAGUAAGGCUUUUUGUACUGCUAUACUGGGAAAAUGGUCACAUUUUUAGGGGUAUACUUUACUAGGCUUUGCAUUAAGCUGAAUAAUUUGACCGGCCAGAAAUUUAGUAUGUCCGAUCUAAAAUUGAGUUGGCUGGUAACCUUGACCGCCGACCCUCCAGCCGUUAUUUCGCGCCCUGCACCUGCAUUUCGAUUUUCUAACUUUUGCGCACCCGAGAUCUCGUUGAAAAGUGCCCAACUCUGCAGUCUAGUCAUAAGGUAUGUAUGCCGUGAUGUAUUUAAACAUCUAUUUGAUGUUUUGCAUGGCACUAUGACAUAUUGUAAGUGAUUUAUUUCUGGUUGUUUUUCCAGUGUCCCGUUUAGUGUCGUAUGGUGGAGACGAAGAUGAAGAUGAUAAUGCCCAUAAAGCCAAAGUGAGUGUGCUUGAAAUAAAUAAGGGGGGGGGGGUACACCCCAUGCAUCCUAGCAUAUAAAUUCUUGAUUAUAUUGCAUUUGCUUUAGGAAAGUGAAAUACCACAAGCUGAGAACGAACCCAGCACAUCGGCAGCAUUAACAAUACAAGGUUGGCGACAUGUAAUUGAUGAUUUUGUGUAUUUACUGCACAUGUUUUUUUUUAUCUUUCUUGUAAUCUUACCUGCUUCUCUAAUUUGCUGUUUCUAGGAAGUGAAGAAGCAACUCAGAUAGACAUGGUAUGUGAAUUACUGUAAUCCAUUGAGUACCAGCACUCUCCAAUGGACCAUUUGCAUUAUAGACUAAACUUUGAUCUAGACAAAAAUUUCAUCACAGCUUGAAAGAGCAUCCCAAAAUUAGUAAUAUUCCAAAGUUUCGUUGCGAAAUGUUGUAAAAUGCGGAUAAUAUAGCCUUGCGAAAUAUGCAAUUUUCAGUCAAUGUGUAUUACAAACAGGAAAUUGUUGCCCCAACACCCGAUUGGGCUGUCAACUUCCCGUGCGUAAUACAAAAUGACUGAAAAACGGCAAAUUUCGCAAGGCUAUAUUAUCCGCAUUUUACAACAUUUCGCAAUGAAACUUUGGAAUAUUACUAAUUUUGUGAUGCUCUUUCAAGCUGUGAUGAAAUUUUUGUCUUGAUCAAAAUUUAGUCUAUAAUGCAAAUGGUCCAUUGAUGAGUAAAAUUGUCUGACAAGUAAAAUCAUUUAGCAUUAGGCAGAGUAAGAUAGAUAGACACAAUCUGUGUAUUAAUUAACCCAGUGAGUUGUCAAGGGGAAAGUGCUGGUGCUCAACAGUGCUUAGUCAUCUGCUCAUAUGUCUAGUUAACUCAUUGAAUAUUGUUACAUUGAUAUUGAAGGAACUAGAUUCUGUUCCGAAAUAUCACAUACUCGAACCGAACCGACCCGACCACGUAGCUCAGUUGGCAGAGCAUUGGGCUAGUAUUCCAAAGGUUGUAGGACUUUAAUAUUUUACUCUGUCUAACGCCAGAUGAUUUUACACAUUAAGGGGCAAGCACUGGUGCUCAAUGAGUUAACCCAUUGAGUGUGACCACUUGAUGAAUACAAUCUUUUGGCAUCAGAAAGAGUAAUAUUUAACAAAUAUAAAACAUUUUCCGUGUUGAUAUACAGUUAUAUCAACACAAGUGGAAAUUGGGAAAGCGAGAAAUUGUGUGUCAGAACGAGUUUUCCCAAUUUGAACAAUUUCCACGAGUGUUGAUAUAACUAUAUAUUCAAUAUGGAAAAAAAUGUUUUAUAUUUGUUUUACAAUAUAGCACAAAGAAAUAUAAAGAAAGAAAUUUUCCGACGUUUCUGUGUUGACAUCGAGUUAUAUCAACACAGCUCUCAGCGUUCAGAAUUUACAAAUGCCUAUAAAAUAGUGCACGUCAUGGUGCAAUGCAGCUUAACCGAUUGAGUGGCAACACUCUCCCCCUGACGAGUAAAAUCGUCUGGCAUUAGAUGGAGUAAAAUUGUCAUUUAAAGGGUUAAAGUGCCUAUAUCAUGGUUUUGGAGUUUGCAUAUCUCGAAAGUUUAGGGUAUUUUAAGACACUUUGCAAUAUAUUUUGUUAUUGAAAAAUUUCAUCUUGAUGGAUUUAUUAGCUCUUAAAGUUACCGGACAUGACGUCAAAGGAGAAUUUUGUUGCAAUGAUACAAAGGAAAACUGAUUUGCAAUUCUCCUUUUGACGUCAUGUCCGGUAACUUUAAGAGCUAAUAAAUCCAUCAAGAUGAAAUUUUUCAAUAACAAAAUAUAUUGCAAAGUAUCUUAAAAUACCCUAAACUUUCGAUAUAUGAAACUCCAAAACCAUGAUAUAGGCACUAUAAUAUGUUAAUUUUCUUGUCAUUAUUCAUAAAGGGAGAGCCAUCAACAAGUUCUGCAAGUCAGCCUACCUCUACAACACAGGAACUACAAAAUACAGAACAGCAGAAUCAAGACAAGAAAGGUAUAAUAAAGCAAAUGAUAAAACAUUGUGUGUGAUUUUCAUUUUAGUAUAAGAACAAAAUGUAAAUAGAUUUGCAUUGAAAAAAAAGGUGGCUGAAAAUCUGGGAGCUGCCUGCAACAGGCUGCCAAAAGGGUGGGCAAUACUUUUGAGGUGUUUGAAAAUUUGAGGCUGUUUUAAUUUGUUUCCAAGGUGCAUUGUCUAAAGAGUUAGUGGAUCAUCUUGCGGCUGUCAAAUCAAUUCAAGUCACAUUACCUGAUGAGCCUGAAGGACGAUGCUCUAACUCACUACAGG